AAUAAAAAAAUUAUAAAAAAAAAAAACAUUUCAAAGUAUUGUACUAUCACUGAUAACAAAAACUCCGAAACAAAAAAUAUUCUUGAAUUCAACACACAACACUUUGUGCGCAGCGCCACAUUGUUGUAUCGAUCGGCAACAUUGUAAUCAUCAUUAUUAUCACCAGCAGCAAAAUACAACACACCAACCUCCGAACGUCAACAGGAAAACAUCCCCAACUGUGCGUCAAUGUUAACAGCGCACAGCUGACGUCGUCGUCGUUGCCAGCGGUAGCAGCAGCAACAGCACGAGCGUAAAAUUUAACAGUUAUCCAUGCAUAAGCAUGUAUGCGUGCCACAGGGAUGCUGACUGUCAGUUUAUGUGCUGCUGAGCGCGCACGUGUAUUUGUGGCUGUGUGCGUGUGUGUGUGUAAGUAAAAGUGGUGGCCGCAUCCGCCGAAUCUGCUUUACCGUUCGUUGAAACGCUCAACGUGCGCAUUUGUCGUAUAGCCGUCGUGCUUACUAGCGGGAGUAGAGAGCUGCUGCUAGCUACGUGAAAUUAUACAGCAGAUAGAAGACAAAAGACAAAAAAAAACACAUAUAUAUUAUUGUAUACUUUUCAGCGCUAUUGUGCAGAAAGUGAGUAGUUGGAUAAUAAAAGUGCAUAAAAAAAGUAGAAAAACAUGUCUAACGCACAUAAAAAUAGCAAAUAUUAGCAAAAUAUAGUGAGAAUUGUGAGAAAUUUGCUUUUGUUUUGCUUGAAAAUAAGUUCGACUUUAAAGAAAGAAAAUCGUAAGUGCUGUGUAUUUGUGCAGAGCUUUGCCCAAAUUUGCUGCAAAGUAAUGUUUUUAAGCGUUAAAUAAAAGAACUUUGCGUAGUGUGCUGCGCUAAAGUAGACUAAAAAUAUAUUAUAAACGCCUAAAAGUAGACUAAAAUAUAUUUAAAAAAGGUUUGUGGAGUGAAUUGUCAAAGUGUACGCCUUAUACUAUGCUACAAUUAUACAAAGGCCGCUUAAAUUUAGACUAAAGUACGUCUAAAAGCGUUCAAUACGCGACGAGCGUCCUAAAGUAUACUACACAUUUUAACAACAUACCUCAAAGUAUGCUACCUUAAAUUGGAAACUAUUUACUUCGAGUUUAAAUGAAACAUUGUGCUGGCAAACAAUUAACGAAGCGUUUUCCUCGCUUUGGCCAGCUGUAUACGCCUGGUGGUAUGCUUAAAAUACAACUGUAAAGUGUAUUCACCUAUUUAAAUGCAAAAUAAUUGCAUAUUUCGUGGCGCAGCAAAUAUUUUCAAGUUUUACGAAGUGAAAAUUGCAUAUAAUAUGUGGAAAUAAAUCGAAAGACGUGCAGAAGUGUAUAAAAUAUCUACAUAUACAUGUUAUUCAAAGGCAGUCGUUAAAGUUUUCGCAUUCGUCGUAUUUUCGUGUAACGGCACAACAGUGUUGUAUAUUCGCCUACGUGUGUCUGUUUGACUUUUCUCGCUAUAAAAGUCUAUUCGGUGCAAGCGACAAAAAAGAAAGCAUUAGUUUAGUUAGAAAGUGAUAAUCGAAGAGUGGAACGCGUGCGAAACAAGCAGCAAAUAAAAGAGUUGAUGAAAAGUGAAAUUUCAGGCAAGAAUUAGACAAGUGUGUUGAUGACAAGUUACAAACAAAUUCCUUAAGAAGCAUAGAAAGCACUUAUACAGGGUAUUUGCCAAGUGGAGCCGCAAAAAACUGUUUUUAAGAGAGAAAAUAUAAUUUUUGUGAGCAAAAAAUAAUUUUUGAUGGAAAAAAACAAUAAUUUUUGAGAUCGUAAAAGUUUUGAAAUUGUAGACGAUUCGAAAAAACCAAAAAUUUUAAACCAAAACUCCUUCAAAAAAUUAUAAACAAAUCACAAAUCAUCGUAGGAGCAAAAUUACAAAACAUUGAAAACACCCAAGAAACUUCAGCUGUCGCAGUCGCGUUGGAAUAUAGCGCAGCAGCAGCAAAAGCAACAACAAAUUUAACAAUCAAAGGCACUUAACGAAAACCCCAAAAAGCAAUUACAAUAACACACACCAACGAUACGAAAGAGCGUGCCACAUUGAAGAGUGCACGUGGAGCAGAAAAAGAGAGAGUUUCUGUAGCAGCAAUGGCUUUUUAUUUCAUCAAAAACGAAAAUUAAAAUGUAAAUUUAACGAAGGAGCAGCAUCAAUGUGGAACACUUAAAGUGAAUGAAUAAUCUCACACACACAAACACACACAUCCACACAUAUAACUGUAAGCGAAUGGUAUCAAAAUAAACAAAAUCUGACAGCUGAGUAGGACAAAGUGACAAAGCGAACUGCACCUGCGACAGACGCGCACACACACACACAGCUGCAACACAGUUGCAAACAGAAGCAAGAUUCUUACAUUUCGAACAACAAACGGCCGGGUGACACACGUUCUUCGCAAUUUUGAAUUAUUUUUGACUUGUGAAGAGUUGAAAAGUAGUGGCAUACACCGUAAUAUUCUAAUAACGAACAAAGGCUACGCAACAUUUGUUUGAGUGCUCUAAAGAAUUCUUUUUUGAAAGCUUAAAAUAUCGUUUUUCAAACAGUUCGGCGUCUCCAAUUACAUAUAUAUAAAUUAUCAAAACUAACAAAUUACAAAAAAAAUAAAAACUUCCACUUGAGACUAUAUUUGACAAAAUCUGCAAGGCUUGCACUAUAGUGUAAUCUUCAGUGCGUAAGCAAAGCUAAUACAACAACAAGAUGGGCGCUAAAGAAAGUGUCGAAGCAGCCGCGAAAAUGAAUGCGGACGGUUGGGGUCACGUAGAGCGCGGUAGUCGUUAUCACGCUCAUCGUCACAACCAACGUUCGCAGUCCUUAAAUCGCGGUCAAGCGCUUUCACAGGCAGAUGUAAGCGGAAUGUGGUGACAUCGGGGUGCCUCAGGUAAAGCUGCUGGAGGUCAGGGUGGUUGUGCCAGCUGCGCCAUGGGUAACAAGUUGAGCUGCUCCUGUGCGCCAUUGAUGCGCAAGGCGUACCGUUAUGAGGACUCACCAUGGCAGACAUCACGUCGGCGUGACGGACAUUUAUUAAGUUCAUUCAGGUUGUGGGCUGAGGUAUUUCAUGUUUCGGCAAGCGGUGCCGGUACCGUUAAAUGGCAACAAGUAUCUGAAGAUUUGGUUCCUGUUAAUAUAACCUGCAUCCAGGAUUCACCAGAAUGCGUAUUUCAUAUAACGGCAUACAAUAGUCAGGUGGACAAAAUAUUGGACGUACGACUUGUGCAGCCAGGCACACGCAUUGGUCAAGCAUCAGAAUGCUUUGUUUACUGGAAGGAUCCAAUGACCAAUGAUACAUGGGGUCUCAAUUUCACUUCACCCAUUGAUGCAAAACAAUUCCGAGAAUGUUGUAAAAAUGCAAAACGAUUUAAAACAAUCGCACGCAUCCUUUACUACAAUACCCUCUCCUAUCCCAUACAUCCUAUGCCCGAUGACGAGCCCUGAGGUUCGGCUGUUGCUGCCAGUCAGUCGCUCGAUUCGCUCAAUGUGUGUUGUCACACACACACCUAUUCUACUCAUAAUAAUUCCCUUCCGUUUUUUUGAAUACAAACCAGCAAUCAAAAAGCACUGGCGGUUUUGUUAAAUAUAAUAUUACAUAAUAACAAAAACAACUAACUAAAUGGCAAAUUAAAAAGUUAAUAUAUAAUAUAUGUUUAAAUAAAUGAACGAAAUAAAUAAAUAAUUAUAACAUGCUUUAAAAAUUAAAAAGCUAAUAGCUUAGAGUUCGAAGCUUUUAUUACAAUAAAUCAAAUCAACAAAACACCAAACAGCAAUUUCAACACCAACACAAUAACAACAAUUACAGUUAAACAGAAAAUAAGUAUUUUUUCAUGUCAAACAUGUGGGUAUUUAAGUAGGUCUCUGCAGUGCCGGAUGAGCCGCGUAAAAUCAUUUUGUUUUCUUCAACGAAAACCACUUACAAUCCUAUGAAAGCUUCUAAGUUUUUUUUUGUAUUAUUAGUUUUAUCAGUAUCCACCGAAAUUUGAAAAAAAGUAAACGUAAUUCGUGUUUUCUACCGAAAACUACGAGUAGUUACCAUCGUGUGCAAGCUUCAAAGCUUUUUUAUGGAAUACCACUUUUUCCAGUAUCCAGCAGGAUUUAAAAAUAAAAAUUAAUAGAAGUACUUCGUUUUUUCUGCCGAGAGCUAUGUACUAUCAUUUACCACAAAAAUUUCCUAGUUUUUUCCUGGAAUCACACUUUUUAAGUUUUAAACGAGAUUUGAAGCUUUCAAGUUUUUUUUUCUGGAAUACCAGUUUUUGCAGUAUCCACCAGGAUUUAAACACUUGUACGUUCUAAAAAAGCUUUAGGUAUAAAUUCAAUAUUGAAUAUUGUUUUACUAUUUGCUGAGAUCGAAAUCGCAUCCCCAGUCGUUAGUUACAAUACAAUGAGCAUUACUGGUGUUAACUGAGUACAAAUCAUAGCUGAAUAUUACUAAAAUCUGUGAACAAGUCGCCUGCAUCAACGAUAACCCUCUCAAUGUUCCUAGUAGAUCCACAAAACUCGUCUUUUAAAGCCAUUGAAUGCAUUGCGUCUUUAAACCAAUAAGAGAUACUCUACUCGCAGAUAACUAAAGAAGUCAAAUAUCACUAGGUUUGACCCGAAAACGUUUCAAUUCGACAGAACCAGACUAAAGUUCUACGUUAUAUUAUUCCUGAAAAGCUUGGUUGGAAGUUGCUCUCAAAGGCUUUUGUUUCCGAUUUAGUCUAUUCAGUACUGUAACAUUUCAAAUAUUUUUGUGGGUAUAUUAUGUGGGUUGGAACUUGGCUUUCGAAACUAUCUAAACAAAAGACGAUUUUAGUUUCGGUAAUUUUGUGUUAAAAAACUAUCUUGUUUUUUAGAAAUCCUUAAAAAUUCCCUAAAAGUUAAACUUCUUAAAGAUUUCGUAAAAUUAUAUGAAAUCUAUGUAUUCUCCACGGGUCAUAAUACCAAUAUCCUGAGUCUGUGUUUGCAAGUAAAGUACGGGAAUAACGUUUGACUUUGGUUAUCAAUGACACUAAGUCAAUUCUUGCUCAGAUUGAAUUGGAAACGAUUUCUUUAACCCAUAAAUAUCAGAUAUCUUGUAUAUUUUGACGUAUUUCUGAAUUGGAUGCCUCGACUUAGGCACCUCCCUUUUUAGUCAUUGAAUUUUAUACUUUUAGAAUCACACUUUUACGAAAACACGAAAAUAGAAAAAUAAACACACACUUGCUUUUGAGGACUUUUAAGAGUUUCUCUCUUCUGGAGUAUCUUUGGAGAUGUUUGAGAUACAUAUAUUCUGCUUUCUCCUGAAACAAAUUUAGUUCACAUUAGAUCAAUAAACUUAUGUCAUCCUCGGGAAUUAAUUUUGAAAAUAAAUACAGUUUUCAAAACUUGUUGGUGCUAUAUAUGUUACCAAAGGCGUCUUUCUCACGAAUAAAUAUAUAUUAACGACUAGGCGAUAAUAAUUAUAAUUAUAAUAACUAUUGUUCCCCUGUGGUUAACCCGGCACUGUUAGUAUAAAUUUCAGUAUUUUCUGGAAUAUAUUUCUCUAUGAAAUUCAGCAUACUUGUAUAGAUUAGGGUAACAGUUACUACUUACAAAAAUUUACAUCACACAUCGACAUACAUAUAUAUACAUACGUAUAUAUAUAUAAAAGUAGUCAUGCGUAUCAAUAUUUACAUAAUACAUACAAACAUAAGGUAAUUUAAAAUGAAAGGAGUGAGUUUUCUAAAGUAAAGCUAGAAAAAAUCAUGAGUUAGGAAAAUAAGAGAGUAACUCCGAAAUAUUCAGGAAUGAAAGCAAAGUUAACAUAACAUGAAAUAGAAGAGCAAACAUAUAUUUUUGUAAAAGAAAUUUAAAAACGUAACUAUUUAUUUUUAGAUCAAAAAUCACAGAAAAUUUCCAAAUUCAAAAUAUUCAGAUCAUAAAAUAUAUACAUAUUAUACAUAUAAAAUAUAUUUUCAUAAGCGGUUAGUUGAGGUUAAGAUAAAUGUUAAAUAUUGUUUAAAGUAUAAAGUGAAAUUCUAUAUAUUUAGUUAGUGUAUAGCUAAGGUAACAUCAAAAAAAUAAGCUUCCAAAAAUAAAUAUAGUCACACAUGGGUGGUUGAUAGAUAUACUAUAUAAAUAUUUUCUGAAUUAACAAACAAGAGUAAACAAUAACUUAUAAAGUUACUGAAGAGAAAAAGGUGCUUCCUUAGAAAUAUACAUAGGUAGGUUAUGUGAAAAGGGUAUUUAAAACUGGGUCUGAUGUUGUGUGUUUGCUAUGACAUGAAUAAUUGCUUGCGUUUUUCAAUGCUUAUGUUGCUUAUAAGACAAGUGUAGAUUAAAUUUCCAUAUUUAAGAAAAAAUUCUAUUAAAUGACUGCAGUAACAAGAGUAACGGCUUCCUCACUUGGUCCAUUUUGAAAAUUCCUUCGCGUUAUUAGAGCUGUACUUAAGUUAAAACAUUGUGUUUUAGCAUACUUUUUAAAUGUAUGUUGUUCUCAUAAAAAUUUUAUAGCAAGCAUCCUAUUAAUGCAUCCUGAAGAGUUCGUAUGUUUUAAAUGAGAACCAUAUGUUUUCUUUUGACAAACGUCAAUUCCAUAUUCUGCAUUAUUUGUUAUUGAGGAAUAUGCCUAACAAUUUAACGGUUUGACCGCCAAUUUGACUUCCCAUGUGUCCGUAACAAAUUCUAUUAUUUGAAAGCUCUUUAGCGUCAUCGUUUUCCAAGACCCUUAUCCUCAUUUUCCUAGUAUAAAGAUAAAAUAUUAUUGAAUGAUGAAGCAUUCCAGAUAUCAAAAAGGAUUAAUCUAUUUUUACCUGAUAAUUAAAAAAUUUUCUAAGAAAUCGAAUUAAGUAGAUAUUCCAAAUAAUCUCAAUUAAGCAGUAAAAUAGAUUUUUUGAAUUGUGAAUAUAACGGAAAGGGGAAAGUUUCAGCGCAAAUGUAGGCAACAGCAAAAUAAUCAGUAUAAUUGAUUUUUGAAUUGCGAAUAUAACGGAAAGGGGAAAAUUUCAGCGCAAAUGUAGGCAACAGCAAAGAUUAAAAUUAAUAAAUAUGAGAUAUCAGUUAACUGUCUAUUUCAUAUUUAAAAAUGCAAUAAAUUAUGAGGUAUACUUAGAAAUAUCGUUGUAGUAAUAAUAUAUAUAAAAGUACUUAAUUUAAAGGCAUUAUUAUAAUUCACAUUACAGCCCGAAAGUAGGCAACAGAAAAAAAUUUAAGAAAAUAGUUAUAUCAACGUGAUUGGGUUAGUCAAGUGACUUUUUAAUAUUAACUAAAUUAUAAAACAAUGCAAUUAAUUCAAAGAGAAAACCAAAAACGAAAACAGCAAUGAUUUCACAAGCUUUUGAAUAAAUUGUUAACAAGUAAGGGUUCAUAUUAAGUGAGUUAUAAAAAUGUAGUGCAGUGCAGAGUUUAGGUUCGGAAUAAAAAGUUUAUAAUAUAAUAAACAUAUAUAUAAUAUAUAUAAUAAAGUAAACUAGUUUAAUAAAUUAAAAUUAAAAAAAAACAACUGAGAAAAAAUACAUAGUUCACAAAAUUAAAUUGUUCUAAAAAUUAAAAUUUAAUAUAAAAAAAUAUUUUUUGUAAAAUAGUCUGUCGCUUAUCUUAUCUGACUAUCUAUUCGGGUUUCUAUCUUACGUAUAUACAAACGCACAUACUAUACAUAUAUGUAGUUCAACUUUGUUUAUCUAGUACGGGUUUCAACUACAAGAUGCGUUUAUCUGCAAAAAAAGUUUCUUCAAAUAAAAUGUAUAUAAAAUUUAAGUAAGUAGUUAGUCAAAAAAAUAAUUUAGCCGUCACAAAUUGCACUAAAUGUAAUAAAUUACGAGUAUAUGUAUACUGUACUACCUACUACAACAUUUCAAACUAUUUUUCUCUCUCGAUUAUUAAUUCGAAAGAAAUUUCACGAAAAUUACAACUAUGAAAUGCACAUUUACGAAUUUAUUUUUGAUUAGAAAAACAAUAGCUAGCAAAAAAGUAGAACAUAUUAAAUAUAGGCAAGGUCUAAGAAACUAGUAUAGCUGCGCCACCCUUACUAUUAUCCUUGAAGGAUUCUUAGCAACUUAAUUUUGAAAAUGUUCGAUGACUAAAACAGUGGAAAAAUUAUUUUUAAUAUAGUUUCAAUAAUAUAUGUAAUUAAGAAGCAUAUUUAUAGGCGUCAUUUGGUAGUAAAUACUGAUAUAUUACCUACCAUCUGAUCAAAUUUGAAUCGGACUGCAAAAAAAUUACACUUUAUAAUAUUUUAAUACAAAUCUUUAUUAUCACUUACAAUAUAGUAUCCUGACCCAAGUAUGACAACUUAAUCCUAUUUUCUAUAUACUUGUUAUAAGCCUCGUACGGGAUAGCCUUCAAUGCCUUCAGCGAAUUUUGAUUUUCUUCUGUUUUGAUACAUUUUUGGAGCGCCAUUCGCUAGAUUGUGGGACAGUUUCGACGUCGUAUUCAUAAACCCAAGUUUCGUCAUCAGUUUUGAAGCGCUUGAUGAACGUAAGGUUCUCAGCUCCAUUGUCCAGCAGCUCGAUUGCGACUACUCGACGUCGCUUUUGCAAAAGAUUGCAAAAAAAAAUUAAACAAAAGUUUUUGAGUAGGUUCAUGAUAAAUGUUGAGAUCCCCUGCUAGCUCUGUGAUGCCAACACGCAGAUUUUCAAGUUCCGUAAUUUUAACAAUAAAACACAGAAUUUCAAUGAAACUCGUUGUUUUUUUUUAAUUUUUUACCAUAUUAAAUAUCGCCGGACACACUUUUUGCGUCAUAAAUAAAUAGCUGCAGACAUAUGGAGUUUAAACUUAACAUGAUUAAAAGAGAUUUGUCGAAACGAGUAACAAAAAUUAUAGAUUAGGUUUCCGCGUCGUUUGUAUGGAGCAGUCCGGGUCAUUUUUGAUCAUUUGAUUAUCAGUUACUUGUAAAAUUAUUAGUAGUAACAUUGAAAAAGAAGUAAAACACUCACAAAUGCAAUAAAUUUACACACACACACAUAUAUAUAAAUACACACAUAUAUAUUUACUGUUAUAAUAACACACGCAACACAGCGGAUUCUUAAAGCUCUGGCACACCUACACACAUCUAUAUACUAAUGC